UGCCCCAAGUCUGGAAGUGUUCCAGGCCAGGUUGGAUAAGUGGGAUAGUGGGAGCUGUCCCCGCCCAUGGUGGAGGGGUUGGGACCAGAUGAUCCUUAAGGUCCUGUGAUUCCGGAUCUCUGGCUUUCCCCGUGUGUUUCUGAGCCCUGACCUGUGGCUUUGUUUCCUCUGUGGUUCCCAGUACAGCGCCGUGGACAGCAACCCCCUGUCCCUGUACGUGAUGCAUCCCUUCUGGAACACCAUCGUCAAGAUCUUCCCCACCUGGCUGGCCCCAAACUUGAUCACCUUCUCUGGCUUCCUGCUCCUUGUCUUCAACUUCUUCCUCAUGGCGUACUUCGACCCGGACUUCUACGCCUCCGCUCCUGACCACCAGCACGUUCCCAACGGAGUGUGGAUCGUUGUGGGGCUCCUCAACUUCAUGGCCUACACGUUAGAUGGAGUGGACGGGAAGCAGGCGCGCCGGACCAACUCCAGCACCCCCCUGGGGGAGCUCUUCGACCACGGGCUGGACAGCUGGGCCUGCGUGUACUUCGUGGUGACCGUCUACUCCACCUUCGGCCGCGGCUCCACCGGCGUCAGCGUCUUCGUGCUCUACCUCCUGCUCUGGGUGGUCUUGUUCUCCUUCAUCCUCUCCCACUGGGAGAAGUACAACACGGGCAUUCUGUUCCUGCCCUGGGGAUAUGACAUCAGCCAGGUGGUGCUGGGUGGGAAGUGCAACAAGCUGGAAGGAGAGUUCAGUGAAUGCAGCUGCACUAUAAUAAUUAUAAUAAUCAUCUCUCCUGCCUGUGCUCUCACUGUGACGCUGCCCAUGAGCCUGUACAACUUCUACAAGGCCUAUAAAAGCAACACCUUGAAGCACCACUCUGUGUAUGAGAUCCUGCUGCCCCUCGUGUCCCCGGUGCUGCUGUUCCUGCUCUGCACCACGUGGAUCUUCCUGUCCCCCUCUGACAUCCUGGAGGUCCAGCCCAGGCUCUUCUACUUCAUGGUUGGAACAGCCUUUGCCAACAUCUCUGUGAGCAGCUUUUGCUUUAUGCUUGAGAAACUGGAGAAUUACCUGGCUAACCCGUUCCUGUGUGUGCCCUGUCCCCAGGUGAGCCAGCUGAGCAGGCACUUCAACAUCCGGCCCUUCUCCCUCAAGAAGCCCACCCCGGACUGA